CCAUGUCACUCUGGCACGUCAGUUAAUGGCAGCACUUGGCUGCCGGCGACGGCGUCAUAUAAAGCUAGCCAACCAGCUCGGCAGCUCGCACAGCUUCCUCGCAGAUAUUUCCGGCCGGCCGCGGCACCCAGCAUUCUCCACCGGCAGGCCGGCGGCGUCGGCCAAGAACGCGCGGCGGCGACGCCGCGCCCGCGCGCGAUCCACGCGCCAACCUCCACGCGCCGGGCCGGAUGGACGACCUGGCGGCGCUGGCGCGCGGCGAGGGGUGGACGGAGGAGCGCCACGCGGCGUUCCUCGACCGCAUGGAGCUCUCCUUCGUGAGGCAGGCGCUCGGCGGCAGCGACGUGCGCCAGGCGUCCCGCAGGCUGGGGCGCCGGCCAGCGGCGGCGCAGGCCGGCGCCGAGGGCGGCGGCCAGCAGCAGCAGGCCCCGGCCGCCCCGCUCCCGCUCGACCGGCCGCUGCCCGACAGCGCCGUCGAGUCCAACCGGUCGGGGCCGGCAGCCCGGCGGCGCGCGGCCAGCGGCGCGCGCCGGCCCGUGGAUCCGGCCGCUGCAGGUUGGUGAGGCCUUCCGUACUGUAAGGUGAAAAAUGUACGCGUCCGGUCACUUGUUCCCGUGCAUAAGUAGCGCCUUCAACGGCAGAUGUGUAUAAUAUAUAUGAUCGCGCUUUUUGGAUGCCUAAUAUGAAAUCGUAACGAACUGCUUGUUAGCAAAUGUGGUACAGAUGUGGUGCCUCUUUUUUUUUGGCUUUAACGCCCAAUUUAAAUUCAGUCAUUGGCAAAUCCCUUGUCUGCUUGAUUUGUAGGUUUGUCACAAAACUCCUGAGCAAGAUGGUCAAACUCAGAAUAGAACAGGUCCCUUUCUACAAACGUAACACGCAAGGGUCCACUCUUCUCUUGCAUGGAGGGGAUAUUUUGCUGUGCAUCCGUUUGGUGAGUUGGUGAUGUGUUAGUUCAUUUAUCAUCACAUCUCCGGAACUUUUCAGAUUUCCAUGAGAAAACGUUCUGCAGUGUAGAGCUGAAUUAUUUACUGGUUACUGAUUAGCUUUAAGCAAAGCUUCUUUGUAUGCUGUGGUGGUAGUCAGAGAUCUAACAACCGCAGCAGUGCAUGUAUUAAAUCCCUAAGUAAAGUACUUACCUUGGACAAUAAGGACAGCUAAGCUAUCAUGUUGAAGCACUUCUCGCUGUACAUGAGAGUAAUAAAAAAACCAACUGAUCGACUUAUAGGUGACA